AUGAAGCUGCCAGUGUUAUUCAGUUUGGUAAAUCAGCCAAGCGAUCACCUGAGUCAACUCAAAUUGGGCAGUAUGGGAACGGCUUGAAAUCGGGUUCCAUGCGGAUUGGGAAGGAUUUUAUCCUGUUCACAAAGAAAGAUAAUGCCAUGACUUGCCUCCUCUUGUCACGGACGUUCCACGAGGAAGAAGGCAUUGAUGAGGUCAUCGUUCCCUUGCCCACCUGGAAUGUACAGAGCUGGGAGCCUGUGACUGACAACAUGGAGAAGUUUGCGAUUGAGACGGAGCUAAUUUACAAGUAUUCACCUUUCAAAUCAGAACAGGAAGUGAUGGAGCAGUUCAAUAAGAUUCGUGGUGAGAAAGGCACCCUGGUGAUCAUCUUUAACCUCAAACUAAUGGAUAAUGGAGAACCAGAGCUGGAUGUGACUUCUGACCCCCGAGACAUUCAGAUGGCAGAAACACCCCCAGAGGGAACAAAGCCUGAGCGCCGCUCCUUCCGUGCCUACGCUGCUGUGCUUUAUAUUGAUCCCAGAAUGAGGAUCUUCAUAAAUGGACACAAAGUGCAAACCAAGCGACUUUCCUGCUGCCUGUACAAGCCAAGGAUGUACAAAUAUACUUCAAACCGUUUCAAGACCCGUGCAGAGCAAGAGGUGAAGAAAGCAGAGCACAUGGCAAGGAUAGCGGAGGAGAAGGCUCGUGAAGCAGAGAGUAAAGCCCGUGCACUUGAGCUGCACCUAGGAGGGAAUCUCACACGGGAGUCCAGGAUGACGCUACGUCAAGUCCAGAACUCUGCAAUAACCAUGCGCCGGGAGGCUGAUGUCAAGAAAAGAAUCAAGGAUGCAAAGCAGCG